GGUUAAAAUUGAGAAGGAAAAUUUAAUUCAAAACAAAAAAGUUUGAAUCAUAACAAUGUGUAUUUCAAGUCAUGUCAGAAGAGUGAAAACGUUGUACAAAUCCAUACUUCGACUGCACAGAGGACUACCUCAGGAACUCUCAGAAUUAGGAAACAAUUAUGCAAAAGAUGAGUUCAAAAGACAUAAAAAUCUAACAACAGAUUCUCCUGAAGUCACUGUCUUUAUGUUUGAAUGGACAGAAUAUGCAAUAAACUUAGCCAAUCAACUUGGAGUCAAAAGUGUUCAGCAAGAACGCAGAAUUGGUAAAGAUCUCGAUCUACAAGCCUUAGAUACGUUUAGAGAUGAACAAGUUCAACAAUUACAUGAGCUUUAUAAAACUGCAAAAGGUGUUGAAGAAGAAACAAAACAAUGAUUAUGUAUUUAAAUGAAAUAAAUUCAAAAUAGUUUUAUUAUUUGUUAAAAGUA